AAUACCGUUGCAGUAGCUUUUUAACUUCUAAAAUAAUUGUUAGGCUCGAAUCCUCUCAGACACACAAUAAAACGAGUUAAUAAUAUCUAGCGCUAUUCAUAAUCCUGUCAUUAAAUGCAAGUAAGUUUAAAGUUAAUGCUUAGUGAGUUUAUAUACCCGUAAUAUUCAUAAUAGCAGCAACUAAUUGAAUCAAAGAGGUUCCAGUACUUGGUAUAACUUGUAAUUUUCAUAUCAGCGUCGAAUGCCGUCGCACGUGACCAAAAUGCCUCGGUGACCAUAACGCGAUUCACACGGUUUAACUCGACUGAAAACGUUGCAAAGAGAAGUUGACAGGUUUUCCAGCCGCUUUCACCGUGCGCAUUGCCAAGGAGCUUGGAUUGACGGUGCAUACAAAGUCCGAAAUCCUCGUCAACGCCUUUUAACACGCGCGCGCGUGUAGCUGGACGCGUGGCCGGUUGCAGUCGGAGAGGAGACGAUAAUGACCUUCCACGGAGCGGCCGUAGACGGAGUAGGAGGGUCUUUGACACACUUGACGCUCAGGUGAAUUGUAACCGAGAACCGAGAAGCUUGUGGUUAGUUUUGAGCGGGAGAUCGAACGGAACGCGUCUCGCGAGAAGGAACGGAGAAGGCGAUCAAGUUGGAUGAAGAUGAUGUGACAUGCUAGGGCUAGGUGACACGGACAUGUCGAACGAAUCGAUAAACAGUUUGCGAUGCGACUGGAUUGCUUGAAAUUGAAGGAAGGAAUCGUCGAUCCCUAAAACGUUUGAAGGAGGUGCGAUCCAUUCAGAUUGAUAUCGAGGUCGUGAUCAUUGGAGGGGGCAACGGAAGUGAUAAAAGGUGCACGUGGAUAGGGUAAUAUCGGUGUGACGAAAUCAAAAGUGUAUUAAUCGUCGUUCUGAUUCCUGGUCUAUACACGCUUCAACUAUUUAUAUCUUUGAUUGUGCUAAAUUUUGUUCAAUCAGAUACAGGUGAAGUUCUAUUUAAAUAUUUGAAAAAAUACUUACCCGGUGAAAUCUAGUCUUCGUCAAGGAUGCAUUUAAGAUCCGUGAUCGUGAUCGUAUAUUUGUGCGUGGUGCAUGCAAACUGCCAGUUCUUCGAUAUUAAGAAUUUGAAGAAUUACGCAAAGAUAUUUAACUUUGGUGGUUUGUCGCUAAACCAGACUGAGAAUGAAUUGUGGAGAGGAUUGAUCAGGGACUGUGAUCGAUCCGUAACGUUCUCCUGCAUACAGAAAAACGCUUACACGUAUCUAGACAAUGUUUUCGUGGAGAGAGACAAUAUCACGGUGUUUGAGGGUUUGACUAUGACGAAGAAUAAUUUGGACUAUGAAACGUGCCGCAGAAAGAGUGAUCAAGAUGAUUCCAUGGAUGAGAAUUUGGUGGAAAAGUCCAGUAAGGAUAACUGCGACGAAGAGGAAAGUGAAGAGGAGAAGGGGGAGGAAAGAGGUCGACAGUUCGGCGAGGAGCAGUCACCUUUGGAGGAAGUGACUAACGCGUUGCGGAAGAGGGCGAUGAAAUUCCUCGCGACCAGGGAUUAUCAGAUUCAAUUACCCGAUUUUUUCUUUGAAGGAGCAACGAUUCGAAUAAGUCCUCGUGAGAUUGAUGAAAAUGGCGCUCUGGUUAGAGUAGACUUGGGUCAGCAAGGCUUAGAAAGCGAAGGAAGAAUCUUCAAGAAAAUUAGAAAAUUUAUACAGAACAAACUGAUGACAAGCUUGUUAGCCCUGUUGCUCAUCAUCAAGCUAAUCAAAUUGAAGUUCAUGUUCGUGAUACCGUUCCUGUUCGGCGUGGGUACAGCGAAGAAGCUCUUCCUGAAAUUGUUACUUUUCUUUAUCCCAGCAUUUGCGCACGUUUUUAAGCUAUGCUCGAGCUACUAUUCUGCGCACAGUACAAAGUACCAUCACCAUCAUCAUCAGAUAGCGCAUCACCAUCACCACGUGCCAGUUCCAGUACCAGUUCCAACUUAUUACAAUCAUCACCACCACCAUCACGACGAUGAAUUCGAUGGCUACGAUUAUGCUCAUCCUCAUAUUCAAUAUCGAAAAGACAUCGAGGAAUUGAAGGAAUGGGGCAUCGAACCUUACGAAGAGCCUUACGAAGUUCAAACCGAGCCUGUAGGAGCUGGCACGGUGCCAGCUCGACCUCCACCAGGAGUGCUGCCGGCGCCAUUUCCAGCGCCCACUUACUCUGGAACGUAUGGUAUUCCUCAAUAUGCGCCGAACGCGCAGCCAAUAGCUUCUCCGUAUUUAGAAAAACGUCCACUGACAUCUGCUCAUAAUCUGGCCUACUCAGCAUACGUAGAUAAUAAUCGUAGAACAGUUGUUCAACCAGCUUCGCCAACAGUCGUCAACGUCCCUUUAAAUCCUGCAAACCUGCCGUCAACGAUGUUGCCAACUGCGACAAAUAUAAAGAAUUCGUACAUUGCGUUUGGACAGCAAAAUGCAAGACAAGUUUCGGCGAAGAGCAGUCAGGUAGAUUCGAAAGCAACAGUGAUCACGCAACGAUCAGGAUACGACGAUGAAUAUUAUGGACCGAUAAUUAACAGGCUUGAAGAUAUAUUUAAGCAACUUCGAUUCGUCGAAGAAAGUUGCAAAGAGAGGCUCGUGUGCAGUAUGUACAAGAAUCCGGCUGUGUAUUCGCCGCACAGCAACCUCGUUUCGAACGAACUGUCCAGAGAUCCACAGGAGUUGAAACGUGCGGGGACCGAAAGCUCGUCCAGCAAGAAGUUCCACAGAUAUUUCAACGCGGCUAGAUUGGGUCAAGAUGGUGGUGAUUGCUUGAGAACGUAUCCAUGUCACAUAAAUACCGAAUAAACUCAGUGUGAAUUUUUGUUACUAAUUAAUAAAGAAUUAUCGUGGGGACAAGAACAUAUGUUGAAGUCACCGACUUCUGGCAUCAC